UUUCACCUCACCAACUCAUCACCGUCACACUCGUUCAAAUCCGGCUGUGCUCGAAGCACUGCUGGCAACGUUCACUAUCUGAUCUUCUCUGUCCACGUCUCAUAAAAUCUUCUAUACGGCUUUACGUUGUCUCAGAACCCGGCGACAUCCUCACUCGUGAAUGGCGACACUCACCAGCUCGCGGACGGUCCCGGCAUCUGUUCAAGCCACUGAAACGAGGCAACGAGAGCUAUGGCACGCUUUGCAGUCGAGUAUCCCAUCUCCCUUCCCAACCCAGGCUCAGAGAGAGCAGGAAGAGCUCCUGCAAGACCUCGAGGAGGAGGAAUUGCACAUUGAUGGUACAGAUCCGUUUGACGACCAGUUCCAUCUCGGUGCUGCAGAGGACGAAAGUGUGGCGUUAGUGAACAAUGCAAGGAGCGGCGAGUCUCAAGUUGCAGACGAGCAGUUGCUUUCGGCUGCAGCGCAGUCCGUGUUGGGCGGGUUGGGAAGUAGGGCUGCACCGUCGGAGGACCUCAUGCCUUCAAUUGCGAAUGUACAAAUGUCAUGUAUCACGACCCUCAACGAUCUCUUGUCCACUCCUACUCGUUGGCGAAGAAUUGUACCAGACCGCCGUCAUUCCAUGCCUCCACGUUCCUCAUUACAUCCGACCGCCACUGAUGCGCCCUCAUCCGCUCUGCAAACGCUCGUAUUGAACCUUCGAACAUGCGAUCCCGAUGCGCAACAAGGGUCUCCGUCUCUGGAGACGAUGGAUGACAAGACAAUGAUCCAUGAGCUUCAGAUGCACGUAGACCGUCUGGCCACUCAUGCAUUAUCUGUGCAUGAUGCCGCCCUGGUGCGCACUCUGGCAUCGCUCAUUGAACAUUUUCAUUGUCUCGCAAUCCUGCAGCCAUCUCUGCGCCUGCCCUCCGCGCCUCGUGUGGCCUCGUGGGGGUCUGCAACCUUGCCUGUCACUCCUGCAGAUCCUUAUGCGAACCUUCGCCGUCAGCUUAGUGACUUUCGGCUAGCACGUGGAGAUAGGUCGCCUAGCCCCGGAAAUGUGGCCUCACCUGUGCUACAAGUUGAACAGGCGCUGCUGUGGGCGAAAGUGGAUGAAGAGCUAGAAGACGUUCUGUCUCUCUGCCGUGCACGUACAUCGGAUGUAGAUGUUCUCCCGCCAGAGUAUGACAACUCGUGGUAUGAUGCAGAAGGCGAAGUCGAGGGGUUGCCGCAAUACGAGCCCGGAUCCUCCGCGCUAGCUGAUGAUCUCAAAGGCGGGUAUCCCUCUUGUUCGAAGACCGGAGAGUCAUCCAGCUCAAGUAGCCCCGUGGAGAGGAGUCCGAUUCUUGGCGCCCACAAUCGCGGGCUAAGCGAGAAAAUGCGCAUGGAUCUCGAGGCGGUCACGCUCGCCAUCGAUCGCCUGUACCUCGUUGCGCCGCAGCUGCACGACCAGCGUGUGGAGCUGAAGAAAUCCAAGGUUGAGCAAAUGGAGAGGGCACGGCUCUCCGGGGCGUCGCGGAAGGGGAAGGAGCGUGAGAUAGACGAGGCGAGGGAAUUAGACAAGAUGCUGGAGCUGAUUGGAAGGGCAUCGGAGAGGAAAAUGCAGGACCAGGUGGUUGUGAUUGAAGGCGGAAUGCAGGCCAAGCUGGAGAGGGCGAGACAGCGUGAGCGCGAGAAGAGAGACGAGUUCGUCUCGCAGCUUGUGCAGCAUUCGGAGUCGGGACGUUUGCAUUCUCAAGAUGCGGUCCUUACACCGUCGGGCUCGGCUCGCUUCAAGGGCAAAGAUCCAGAAGCCAUGCUCACCCUGCCAGAGUUCAUCCGUGAGACCAUCCCUGACUCUGUUCAGCUAAAGAUGCAAAUGGCCGACCCAUGCGCGCUGCUAAGCCUGCCCGAAUUUGUGAAGGAACCUGUGCCACAGGAUUUUGGCAAUCUGUCUGCACUCCCGCCGCCUCGGAGGUGGAGAUCAGGCAAGGACACGCGGAGCAGGAGUAUGUCUGCGCCGCCACUGGCGUGGUUAAUGCCGUCGUCUUCCCGGUCAUCUUCGCCUGGUGCGACGUCCUCGGGAGAGUCGAAGAAGACGCGGUCGUCUAAGGCGCGGCGGGUGGGUUCGGCGAUUGCAUCGAAUUCGUCACUUCAAGCUGGUCUGGAAGUGACCUACGUGGCGGAGUACCACGAGAACCUGCAGCAUGUGUUAGUGUUCCUGACCGUUUCGAGGAUGAUCGCGGGAGUGAAUCUCGAGGCGGAGGUGGUCCCUCCAACUGUCAUGCUCAGCAAGGGCAAUGGCCCCAACGAGCGUCUCGUGCUGAAAUGCGGCCUUAAUACAUCGCCCUUCCUCCUAUUACCAGCUCGGGCCUCGCCCGGCAAGAAGGAGGUGAAGGUCGAUGGACAGGCCUUCCAGAUAAAGCUCGCCGCCACUCCCUCAGAGCAGAAUUUGUCCUCUCCUGCAGCACUUUUGGACGCCUCUCGUCUAGCAGAGUUUCGUCCGACGACGUUUAUCUGCGCAUCGUGUUCGCUGCCCCUUGUACACUGCUCGCGGCUUCGUGAGUAUCGCGACCUUCCCUCGGAGCACUGGGCCGAACUUGUGGAUGCAUGGAUGUGCCAUUCGGAUCAAAAGCUGCACGAAGAUGUCAUGAAGCACUCGAAUGAGGGUUUCUGGCCGGGGGAGGGCGAGGCCCUCGUUGGCGGGAGCUACAUUCUCUUCGAGCAGUCUGCCAUUGCGCAGCAUAAUCUCUGGCCGUGUAGCGAAGAAGACGAUGGGAAGCGUGCGGAUGAUUGGCAGCGGGUCCGCUGUAUUUGUGGCGCGGUUGUUGGGCGGUCGCAGGAACAUCGGUCGCAGGACGGUUCGCGGUCCAACGUCUACAGGAUGGCCAAAUACGCUAUCCGGCCCGUGAACCCCAAGGCAGAUUCCUGCAAGAUUCCUCUGUCUGCGUUCAUCGCGGAGGAUAUGAACGAGUUCGUCCACGCGCAUGCGACGUACCGCUUCAUCAUCUUCGAUGAGGAGGAGGAACGACCGCGAAUCUUGAUCUGGCUGUUUAAGCCCAGCAUGCGGAUAGCGUAUACAACGCCGGCCGAGUACGUAAUCACCAAGAGCGGGUCUAUCCAUGCCGCGAAAGUACUCUUCAAAGUCUUGGGGCCAUCCAUGGCAUACUCAGAUCUGCAGGUAGUCCUCAACAAAUAUCCAGGCUUUCCGCAAGCGGAACACCUGUACUACCCGCUGGACAUCUGUCGUCGUCUUGCUGGGCUCCUCAAGGAGAGCAACACUGCGUACCCAGAGGGCAUGCGUACCAUGACUGGCCUGGAUGUUGGUUGGCUGCAGCGUGCAUGAGCAAUCUCACUACAGUAUAUCUUUCUACUAUCCAGCACCUCCAGAGUCCAUACUCGGUGGUACAAUGUUAUGUGCAGUGCACGUUAUAGAGGAUGUUCUGUUUUCAUCUAGAGUUAGUAAUCGUUCCUGUAUAUAUGUGUAUAAGAUACGUGUUGAUCGCUGUGUGC